AUGGCAGACCCGGUCUCGUUCGCUGGAGCCCCUCCCACUGGCAUGGCCCUUCCGGACUCCUUCGGUGUACUGCUCCUCUCGACUAUCAUAGUUUCAGCGUUAUAUGGCAUCACUGUGCUGCAAACGCUCUACUACUAUGAGAGGUUCCCGAAGGACCCGUGGAGACUGAAAACAGCGGUCGCUAUCAUAUGGGUUCUAGACACCGUUACGAUAGUGCUGGACGCACAUAUGGUCUAUUACUACCUGAUCGACAACUACAAUAACCCUACUGCGCUGUUGUCGCAAGUCUGGAGCGGACAGGUCGAACUUCUCUUCACCUACAUAGUCGUGUUGAUGGUGCAGAUCUUCUUCGUAAUGCGGAUAUACCAACUUCGCCCCAAAGCAUGGUAUAUUCCCCUGCUAAUGGGUAUCCUUGCCUUCGUAUCUUUUGGUCUUAUAGUUGCAAUCGUCGCUCGAGAAUUCAAGCACACUGCCUGGAAUGACGUCCAGACCCCACAAGUCCUCAAUGCCCGUAUCGCCAACUGGGUCUUCGGUAUGGUGGUCGACAUAUCGAUCACAGCCGUCUUGUGUUGGUACCUCGCAAGCGAGAAGACAUAUAUCCGGCGUCGGACCCAUCGCAUGCUCAACAGAAUCAUUCUCUUCAGCGUUCACAGGGGCGCCAUUGCAGCCGCAUUGCAGGUGUUGACUCUCCUCACCAAAUUCAUUUGGCCACACACUCUCGUUUGGCUCGCGUUCCACAAUGCGUUGAGCAAAGUAUAUAGCAAUUCGAUGCUUGCAACGCUUAACAGUCGCACUCAUCUGCGGGACAUGAUGAUGAAGAGCGACGCCGAUGGCACGGAGCUCAGCUUGCCUACCGUCAGUCAGAAUAAACGGAGCGGUGACCAUCAGAACGCAACACUACAAUUCGCGCACGCAUGGUCAUCCGUGUACGAACAGGGCAGCAUGGGGUCAUCGAAAGUGGGCUCAAGUACCGGCGGAGGGAAUGACACGUCGUUCAAGGGAUGA